UAAGGUGUGACGACGGCUGAUGACGUAAAGCGUGAGGUGUGUGCGUUGGAAAAUGAACAUCAGUGAAUGAAAAAAGCGCCCUGGAAGUCACUCAUUGCCCACAGAAACGGUGCCGGUUAUGUAACCCGAUUGCAUGUGUAAGGCAAAGAAGGCAAAAAACGCUCUCGGCGUGUCUCGUCGCUGGAGAUUCCAAGCAACUUUUCUGUUGAAGUCUGGUUCUCAUUGCUGCCUCUGAUUAGGUUCUUCUGUUUCCAUCAUUAACUUCAUGGAGAGAGAAAACCGUUUUGCAAGUGUACAUUAGCAAUUUUCAUCUGGAAGACAAGAGUCAAGAUACACAAUAUCUUGAUGGUAAACUAGUUAUUGACCUUUUAAGGACUGGCUAGCUGUAAGAACAUUACUGCAGCAUCUAUUGGCUGCCAAUCAACACCGGUGGCUUGCCAUCAAAGAUUUGUGAGUAGUGGCUAACCACUAGCAUUAGGUGGUUAGCGUGUGGUGUCCAGUAGAAUUUCUGUGGGUGUUUCGAGUGUAGAAGACACGAAUGGGACGCGCUAGCAUUUCCAGACGGCCUGAAUGGGAGAAGGAGUGAGCAUGGACAACCUUUCGGAGUUUGGAGGCCUUUGUCCGUCCACCCGGAGGGAAUGGGACACAGGCAGCUGUGUGGAUGAUUUAAUGGAUGAAGAUGAGAAAGACAGAGCAAAAAGGGCGUCCCGUAAUAAAUCAGAGAAGAAGAGAAGAGACCAGUUCAAUGUUCUCAUUAAAGAGCUGUGUACGAUGCUGCAGGGUCAAGGUCACCCUCGCAAGAUGGACAAAUCCACCAUCCUGCAGAGAACCAUUGACUUCCUGCAGAAACGGAAAGAGAUCACAGCGCAAACAGAAUCCUGUGAGGUCCGGCAGGACUGGAAGCCUUCUUUCCUCAGCAACGAGGAAUUCACCCAGUUAAUGCUGGAGGCAUUGGAUGGUUUCCUAAUAGCUCUUACCACAGAUGGGAACAUCAUAUAUGUAUCUGACAGUGUCUCGUCUCUCAUUGGUCAUCUACCGUCAGAUAUGGUGGACCAGAACAUUUUGAACUUCCUGCCAGAACGAGAACAUGGAGAGGUGUAUAAACUUCUGUCAUCACACAUGCUGUUGACAGAGCCUUCUGCUGUGGACCUACUCAACAGCAAUGAGACACAUGUCGAGUUCUGCUGUCAUUUAGCAAGGGGAAACAUUGACCCAAAAGAACCGCCCACGUACGAAUAUGUCAAAUUUGUUGGAGAUUUCAAGUUUCAUAAUAACGUGCCUCUGUCCUCAAGUAACGGUUAUGAGCUGGCGUUCCCACGCACGCUGCAGUCCUCACUAGAGGAGCAGAUCUGUCUCGUAGCCACAGUGAGACUCGUGACCCCUCAGUUCCUAAAGGAUCUGUGCAACGUGGAGGAUGUGUGUGAUGAAUUCACAUCAAGACACAGCCUGGAAUGGAAAUUUCUCUUCUUAGAUCAUAGCUAUGCUGAAGUCCGAGCAGAAAGAAGGAGAGAGAUUGGAUUGGAGGAAAGCUCAUCUGAUAUGGCAACAUCCUCAAUCAAGGAGCAGGAGGUGUUUUUGGACAUGUGUCCUCCUUUAGAAGCUACACGGGAAAGAAUCAGCAGCGCUCGAUCAGUGUCAUCACAAAGUUCUAGAAAAUCAUCGCACACAGCACUGUCUGACUCUGCGUCGAACUCAUCGGUGAGGUACACAGAAGCAUGCACGUCGUCACGGCAGUCUGCUUCCAUUGGUCCUGAGAAGAGUUCCAGCAGAAUGCCACAUAGUGGAUCAAAGACCCUUAUUCAGAGGCAGAGCUCCUCUGAGCCCACGUCACUCUCCCCCUCCUGCAGUCAGCAUUCCACUAUGACACAAUCUCUCUACAGAUUCCAGCAGCCUCAGUUAGGCGUCAUGCAUCAGCUGAAAGACCAGCUAGAAGAGCGGACACGCAUCCUACAGGCCGACAUCAAAACACAACAGCAAGAGCUGCACGACAUUAAAGAGAAACUACAACUUGCUAAUCUACAGAUGUUACUCCAGCAGCCGAUACAGGGAGAAUUUGCCAGUUCUGGUCUGCAGCAGCAGGGUCCAGGCAGGCCGUCCCAACACAGCACCCAGCCCAAACCUCAACACUGUGUUUCACAUUCAUCACACACACUACUCCGAGAACAGCCCAGUAGCUCAUCUGCUCAGGGCCAGCAGAGACUGGUUCAGACUGGACACAUGCAGGCCGUCAGUGUUCCAAUGCAGACACACACCAGUCUCACCACACCCUUCUAUAGCAACCCAAUGAUGUUCUCACCCAACCACGGACACCGAACCCAACACGACACACACUGCCAAAGACACACACACACCGACUACAGCCAGGACGGACAGCUACGGCUGCUACUAAACCAACCAAUGCAGACACUUGUACCAGACAGCAAUGGAGGAGCCCAGUCUUCCCAAUGCAGCUCAACUGUUCUACAAACCAAAUAUGCUCUGGACCAGCAGAUGAUGGCUCCUUCCUUCCCUGUGCAGCAGGUGAACUGUAACGCUGUGCUUGUCCCUUCCCCUGUCUUCACCUCACCAAUCAUGAUCCCCCAUAAUAGUUUCAUCACCCAUCAGGCCACGCCCACCUACACGCCUCACCCGUCGGCUGUCCCACACAGUUUACCACUACAACAACCUCAGCAGUUCUUUCAGAUGCAGCCUCAGGGUCUGAUUCACAGUGCUCCCACUCAGGCCUUAUUCCACACCCCUAACGUUCCACAGCAAAGCACUGUGGGAUACAUACAGCCACAACAACAGCAGCAGGAGCAGCAUCAUCACUCACAGUCCGGCAACCUGUCGGACUACAGAAACAUGCUCCCACGGUAGCCCCGCCACCUGGGAAAAGCCGAGAGGUUGCCGGGAAAGCGCGUUGAGCGUUUAGCUCUGAAAGGCAUGAUGGGAAGGGACUCUCUCGGCUCAGGGGAAGGCUCGUUCCCGAGCCAAGCCAAAGUCCCUCAAAGUUCCCAUGACAGCAAAUGAUGGUGAUAAUGCCACAAGGCCCAAGGACUCUGCCUGGCCUGGACUGCACGCAGAGGAUGCUGGGAUACGUAGGAGGAGCCCGCAUGCACGUGACCCAUCAUGGAGACAGGGGUCACAGAGCAGUCAAGCAGGCGCUUUGAUCGAUACAUAAAGGACAGAAAGCCGUGGAGGGUUUUUGGUACUGUAAUGUUACAGUUAUCUGGACUUUUCAACACACAAAUAAGACAAAAUCAACAAAUCAAGUAAUGCCUUGACAGAGUGUAAACUCUGCUGCGUGUGUUCUGUCCUCAACCGCUACUAAAAUACUAACUAAAAGAGAAAUCACCCCACCAACAAGGAGAAAAAUACACGGUCAUGAUCUGAUUUCAUGCAUCAUAUUUCAUGUGUGUGUGCAGAUGGUAGCAGCUGGGCAUAAUUCAGCGAAGACCCAAAUAUAUUUCAAAAACAUUUGGCUUCCUGUUAUCAUGUGCAGAGCAGGUUCGGCCCCCUCCUGUAGUUAUGUUAACGCUAACGUAAAGAAACUUGAAUCACGUUGUAUAUUUCAAAUAUUCAAGAACAAUUUCGCACUAGGGCAAACUUUCCUACUGCUGAGUUCAACUCAAUCCCUGUUACUCUUUGUUUCUCGAUCCACUGUACUGUACUUAGAGUUUCUCCACAUAUUGAGUUCCGGAGCAUCGUAUUUCAGUACUUUUUACUUCAUAUUAAGGUCCUAAACAUAGCUCGUCAGGAGAAGCAUGUUGGCUUCCCUGAUCAAACAGUUCUUUGAGUUUUCAGACGUGCAUGUGGUCUGCCUGUCCAUACAGGAAAUCUACAUUGAUUUGAUGUCAAUAUGAGCACAACAGAUGUGCUUUAAGAUUUAGUUUCAGUAUUACACAGGGAUGAAGCUCUGUCUAAUUUAUGCUUCAUAGUAGAGCGACUUUGUGAUUGUUUUAUGGUGGUGGGUGCAAGUGGCGCAGCAGUUAAACUGCAAAAAUGAAGAUGUAAAAUAAGACAGUAAUGCAGGUUGAAUGACUGAAGACGAUCAUAAUGUCAGGGCUGCAGAAAUGGAAAUGUUCUCAUCUGCCAGUCACUUGGGCAAAGUGUUUGACAAAUACAACGCAAAUAUUAGUAAAAAAUACUUAUUUUAUUUUUUCCCCAUUACAUUUUUUUUUUUAAAUUAUUUUUGGGGAGUUGAUGUAGACACAGAAGUGUCAGGCAAAGGGCAAAAAUGUUUAGAUGUUCUGGAACGCAAAUAGGUAAAAAAAAAUCUGACAAUCGUAAAAUUAUUUACAUUUUUUUCUUUGCUGGGAUUUCAAGCUUGCACUUUCCUCCAUCCUGUCACGCAUAGCACAUUAAAAGGCUGGUGCUGAUUAUUUUGUUUUUUUAAAACAAAGAGUCUUAAGAUCAUGUGCCCUUCUGUAUGUUGUGCAAUGCAAAUCGAAAAACAAGAAUGUGUGUAAUUUAUACUUAUCGAAGAGAAGGUUUUGUCAGGUAUGUUUUCUUGUAUUAGCAAGAAACGCUUCGUUUUAGUAAAAGCCAGCGUGCUGUUUGAAUGAAAACCGAAAGUAUUUUUGUACGCAAAUCUCCUCAACAUUUCUUCAGUCAUGUAUAGAAAGUGUGAAACUCCCCGACUCUCUCAGGUGUGACAUCUCCACAAUAUAUCAAAUAAGAUGUUUCAGAUACUACAAACUAUACUCAGACCUUACAAUAUCAAAUCCCCCAUUCCCAAGAACUCAUUUAGGUCCCAAACCAGCCCACCUGAACCAUUUCUAAAUGUUUUGAAAGGUUUGUGAAUUACAUGACCGGUUCAUCUCAGCGUUCUGUUCUGUCUCCCUGGAGUCACACUAGAAAAGAUGAGGAAGAUGUUGGUGUGUUUCGGAGUAUAGGGUGUUCUGCAUCGGUGCCUCCCAUUUAUCACCUUCUGCUGCUCUGAGAUUAUCUUUGGGUCUCACAAAUGCUCUUUAUGUCUCUCUAGACAUGAGAGAAACUACAUUUUGAGUCUGAUUUAACUGUAAAUUUUAGUUUGCUCAACCUACGAAUCCAUCCCAAUAUGUGUUUUAGUACACUGUUGCUGGUCUGAGCUGGUUACUAGGUGGUCAUUAGCUGCUCCAACCAUCUAGGACCAGCAACAAACCAGACGGAGGAGCUAUAAAACAUUGAUUUUAAAAUGAGUUGGACAAAUAAAUCCAAAGGUUAUGACUUAUGCCAGUUGCCACUGUGAUGGCCAUAUAGAGUGUACAUCGUCCCCCGAACAAAAUGAGCUUUCAUCCUUCAUUUAUUGCCCAUUUGCGGUGUUUUCAUGAAAUAUUUUGCCAGCCAGGCUCGAACAUUAAGACUCAAAUGUUUCUGGAGUUAAAGGUUUGAUUGUUUUGCAGAUGUGUUUGUGUUCAUUGAUUGGGUUGACUUGUGAGUGGUAGAUUGAAACUGUACUGACUCUCUCAUCUUUGUUCUCUUUCUCUGUGAAACUAUGCUCUGGUUGUGGAGACUGCACUUUAUUAUUUUUCCCCUUCUUUAUGAAUUUUGCUUUGUGCUCUCUCUCUCUGUCUCUGUCUCUGUCUGUCUGUCUGGCCUGAAUUUCUCCCCAAAAGUGUCUGUUCUGAUGAGGUUUUAGGCCUCAUGGAUUCGUGAGUAUAUGUGUUACCUGAACAGGUGACAUUGUCAGUGCAUUUAUAUUCUCCCAGGUGAGGGGAAGAGACGGAAAAAGACACCUGGCAUAAACAGCCAUCUCUGCUGAUACUCUGCAGAAAAUGCAUGGAAGAUAUUGUAAUAUAAGAUAUACAAAAAAUGUCUAGAAAAAUAUAGUUGUUUAUUUUAUAAGAUGUCAAAUAGAUUGAAAUAAAUUUAUAUACAGUGUAUGAUUUGAAAGUAAAAACAGAGAUAUUUUGUAACAGAUUAAUUAUUGAAGUGUCUUACUUUGGGGGGGACGCAAAGCUUUCUGUUUGUCAGUUCAGCGAGUUGAUGUUGCACAGUCAAUGUAUGGCUUGUUUUUCCCCCUUUUAUUCUUCUGUGUACAUAUACCAUCACAACAAGCUUUAACAUAUUGUUAAUAUUGUUUUAAAAGAAA